AUGGUGUCCUCAAUCGAAGAGGCCAAAAAGGGCGUCACUUAUAACAUUGAACGCGCUCCCCUAGGCCUCGAGCAAUUGACCGCGUACGAGGCGACGACAGACGAGGCGACGGCGCUAGAUAAGGCUGUAAACCUUAAAUUAGAUUGCAUUGUAGUCCUUAUCCUGGCUAUUGACUUUAUCCUUUGUGGUAUCGACAAGACGAACAUCGGAUAUGUCGCAACAACGAAUAUGGUGAAGGAUGCAAAUCUCAAACCUGAUGACAUUCCUGACUCUGUUUCGUUAUUUUCUGUAACGUUUAUCACCUUGCAGCCUGUUUCCACUGCUAUUGGACGACGCGUAGGUCCGAAGUACUGGAUUGCUUUUAUGAUGAUCUGCUGGGGAAGCGUUUGUAUGGCUCAUGCAGGUGUGCAAAAUCGCUGUACUCUCAUCACUCUUCGUCUGCUUCUAGGAGCCUUCGAGGCCGGAUUCGUUCCGACGUCCUUCUACUACAUGUCGACCAUCUACCCGAAGUACUCCCUAGGAUUCCGUCUCGGACUUUUCGCAGGAAUGUACUCGAUCGCUGGUGCUUUUGCAGGCCUGAUUGCGUACGGCAUCUUCCAGAUUCGUUCAUCGACCCUGCAAAACUGGCAGCUUUUAUUCUUGAUCGAAGGGGGGUUAAGUUUGUCAAUGGCUGUCGUUACUGUGCUUGUCCUGCCGGCGAAACUUGAAUCUGCGUGGUUUUUCAAACCGGCCGAGGCUGCUCACGCUGUAGCACGCAUGGAGCUAGAUGUUCGCGGCGCUUCGAGCGAAGAUGCACGCGGGAAGACGGCGCAAAUUACCAAGCGCGACAUCUUCGACUCAAUAAAGGACUGGAAGAAGCUUAUUACAGUGGUAUUCAACGUGCUCGCAACUCUCCCUGUCAGCGCAUUCAGCUACUUCAUGCCGCUCAUUGUCCACGGGCUCGGCUAUCACGGAAUAAAGGCUUCUCUCAUGAGUGUCUCCCCGUUCGUUGUUGGAGCCUGUGGUCUUUUCGCAUUUGUGUGGUCGAGCGAUCAUUUUAAGGAAAGGUCAAUACAUACUGCAUCUAGUAUGAUACUAGCGAUCGUUGGGUUGAUCGUGGUGUAUGUGUCCGAAACUCCGAAGAUAAGGUAUGCCUUUGUGCACAUUUGCUUGGCAGGAGCUUUCACGGCAGGCCCAUUGAUCGUGGCCUGGCUAGCUGGGAAUACGCCCGAGAAGGGUAUGAGAGCGAUCAUUAUUGGGAUUAAUGGAUGGAGUAAUCUCGCAGGCGUAAUUGCAGGGCAGCUAUUCAAGCCCAAACACGGUCCAACAUACCGAUACCCGCUCCUGGUCACUAUGAUCCUCAUCGCCAUCGGGGCGUGCGGAUUUCUCAGUAUUCGUAUCCUGCUAAUGUGCAUCAACCGCAAGCGAGCCCAGAUGAUUUCAACAUGGACCGUGCAGGAGUUCGAAGAGGAGUCUGAAUCAUCUGUCCGAAGAGGCGAUCAGAAACCGACGUUUAAGUAUGGGUAUUGA